AUGGGAACUGUUAAUGAUUCAGCCGAUGUCCUGGAUAUCCUGCGCGAUAGCAAGUUUGUGACUGCGAGGGAUCGAGAUCCCGGACGGCCGGACAGCGGCAAGCUCGUGACGCCAACCGUGGAAACCCGUAGAGAUCUGCCGGUUAGGUACCGUGACGACUACAUCUACAUCAUGACGAGAUCUACAAGCGCCGCUUCGACACCCCUAGCACCGCAUCAGGUCGCGAAGGCGCGCGACAACGUGAAAUCACUCAUUGAAACAGCCACGACAAACUCCAAGGCGAAACAGCUCCGCCUGGAGGCCUACAGACUCAAGCUCUCCCGCGCCAUGUAUACUCUGGGCCUGUUCUCAGGGAAACCGGAGGCCUCAAAGGCAGAGAUCAAAGCGGGGCUGAAGGCCCGACUUGAGGAUUGGAUCCUGUAUGAGCUGGCGUGGAAUGCCUCGGAGAUGGUCAAUCUUGAACGCGUGGGUGUCUCGGAUGAGCUGAAGAAAAAGAUUAUUGAGAACGUCAAGACGCGCGAGUACAAUAUUGAGAAGUGGCGGGAGAUGUGGGACGAGGUUGACGAUGACGAAUCUGAUAAGGAUAAAGAUGGAGACGAAGCUGAGGACAAAGAAGGCGAGGAAGGGUAUGAGGACGAAGAGGGGUACGAGAAAGAGGAGGAAUAA